AUGGCGGGUGAGCGCAUGAGCCGCAGCUUCGAGACGCAGCGCCUGGUGCCACCUGGGCAGCAGCACGCGAGGGGAUAUGAUGGCUACGACGGCAGCUUCGACGGCCGAGGUGCAGCAAAUUCGCGAGACGUCUGGCCACCGUCGGUUGCGAUCCAAGUUGCGGCGCCCACGUCCAACAAGCUUUCAAACUGGCAGACGUUCUACCAUUUGCUGUCGUUCAUCACCGGCACGGGCAUGCUGUGCCUGCCAUUGGCGCUCGUGGAGAUCAACUGGUACGGAGUGCUACUGCUUGGCGCGGCUGCGGUGGUGAGCGCAUACACUUCGAAGCUAUUAGUAGACGCGCUGGAGGCGGUGCGCUGGUUGAGAGGCACGAGCGUCUCGUACAGCGACCUCGGACAUGAGUGUUUCGGUGCAGCUGGAAAGGUGAUCACAAGUUUGCUGGUGCACGCAUCUUUUCUCAUUCUUUCCACGGGAUAUCUUACACUGGCGUCGUGGUGUCUGGUGGAUGUCUUGGGACUUCAGUACGGCACGGUCAUGAUGUUGGUGGCAGUGUGCGUUUGGUUCCAAGUGCUUGUGCCAUCGCUAAAGGCCCUAGCGGUGUUUUCAGCAGUGAAUGUGGCCUUUAGUUUCUGGAUCGAGUCGGUCAUCGUGGGUGACGCCAUGUACCCGCUCAAGCAGAUUGCACUGGAGCAUUCAGACUUCAUUUUUGUGACGCCUGACCUCUCGAACGUGUCUAUGAUGGGGAAGCUCUCGUAUACAUUUUCGCUACUCCUCGGUGGACUCUUUGGCCACUCGAUCAUACCUACAUUGUACGACGCCAUGGCAGAUCCAAGCCAGUGCAGCUCGGUAGUGGCUCGCACGAAGUUGGGGGUUACAGCGCUAAUGUAUCUACCCAUUUGCUGUGUCACGUAUGCCGUGUACGGAGCUACGCUACAGGCACCCGUCUUCUUCAACAUGCGCAACGUCGUCGUGCGUAACGUGGCCAUUGUGAUGUACAGCAUUCAUUUGUUGCUAUCGUACACCGUCACCUUAUUUCCUCUCCAGCGUGCAUUCGAGCAGUGGAUCGUACAGCCUCCGAGUGGAAGCGGUCAUAACAGCCCAGUUGAAGCUGCCGCUGCCGCAGGAGAAUUACCAUUCGUGACCUCCAGCCCCACACUUCAGAGUGAUCAAGAAGGACGGUGCGGAGGCGUUGAGACCGCUGCACGUGUGUUCUGUCGGAGUAUUUUGGUGCUAACUACACUUCUUUUGGGUUAUUUCACGGCACCCAGUACGAUCGACGUAUUCGCGUGGAUGCUGAUGCCUACGGCACUUUUGGCGCUCGUGCUACCUUGUGUCUUUUACUGGCAACUGUGCGGUGAGGACGCAACGAACAUGGACCGCGUCGCCUCUGUCGCUAUCAGUGUGGUUGCCAUCGUAACCGCGUGUUGGAGUCUUGCUGUGAUUGUCGAAUGUUAG